CCGGUCUAGUCAGCAUGCUCCACUACGUCGACGACUACCUAUUUGUUGGUAAGCCCGGUAGUGAUCAGUGUAACACAAUGAUGUCCACCAUGACUCAGACGUGCAGUGAGCUCGGGGUCCCUUUGGCACACGACAAGACCGAAGGGCCCGCGACUCAGCUGACGUUCUUGGGUAUCCGGCUGGACUCUGUCCGACAAACCCUCAGCCUCCCCGACGACAAGCGACAGAGCAUUGAGGAAGCGCUGAAAGAAUGGAGCAACCGCAGCCAUUGCACCAAACAGCAGCUUCAAAGCCUAAUCGGAAUACUCACGUUUGCCACGAAAUGCGUUCCAGCGAGCCGCCUGUUCACACGGCGGAUGAUCGCCCUGCUCACCGACAACCGCCACGAACGGGUCAUCGCCCUCAACCGCGAAUUCCGUAAGGACCUUGAAUGGUGGAAAGAAUUUCUUCCAGCCUGGAACGGCACUGCGUCCUUUAUACAGCCAGAUUGGACAAGGUCCGACGUCCUUGACCUUUACACAGACGCGUCGGGAACUCUCGGGCUGGGCGCAUAUUUUCAAGAGUCGUGGUUCCAACUACGCUGGCCACCGUGGAUUCUGCAGCGGAAGCCGUGUAUUGAAUACCUUGAGCUGAUACCCAUACUUCUAAGCCUAAUUGUUUGGGGCUCAAAACUACGCGGCAAGCGGGUCAUUUUCCACUGCGACAACGAAGGCGCCACCUAUGCCUGGGAAAAUCUCCGCUCCACCAAUGCUGGCGUACUAGAUCUUAUGCGCCGAAUGUUAAAGGCCGCCGCUUGCGCUAAUAUGACCUUCACGUUGAAACAUAUACGCGGUGUUAAUAACGCAGUUGCUGACUCUUUAUCCCGUUUUCAGCUGCACAGAUUCCGAGCGCUCGCACCAACAGCGUCGGAACGACCGGAUCCAUGCCCGGAUAUCUUUCCGCAGCUUUUAAUGGCGUACAGCGGACAAGCGCCCUAAGCGACCUCCUGCAUGCUCACAUUGCCAGCUCCA